AUGCCAACUCUCGACGAAACCACCUACUCUCGCGAAGCCACUAUCGCUGCCUUCCGGGACUACUACAAAUUUCUUAUAGACAUGUCCUUGCCAGACAACUGGAUCCUCGAGCCUCCGGCUGGAGGUUGGCCUUCGAUAACCAAAGAAAAAGCCGAACUCUUGGGCAAGAACGACGAGGUCUACGAGCUUAUGCGACAUCUCCCAUAUCUUCCAAAUUCAUGUCUUUUGGUGGCUCGCGCUCCCGCCGCAAAUUGGUCUUCAGUAUUCGAGAAAAGAAAUUUUAACCAACAAGACGUUAGAAUAAUCACGGAGGGAUUGGAAUGGCCAAACAUACCUUCAUCGGCUUUUGGUCUCACACGAGGUGGCCGCGACGACUUUGUGUUCAUGCUUGAUACACGGUUCGGCACUGUCCACUGGCUGGAAGGCCCCGAUAUCGAUUUCGACUCGACAAAACAGCCCAUCAUCGGACCGUCUGGUGGCACAGAAUCUUUCGAGGACUGCACUCCCGAGAACGAACACGGCUGGAGAAGCCAAACAGCAUGGACCAUCCCCAAUUUCUUCGAAGUCUUGAAGAACGAGUUCCGAACCUUGAGAUCUGUGCCUGUAGACGCGUGUCAGGUAGACUACUGGUUCGGGGACGAGGACUACGAAGCUCUUGAAGAGCCGGGUGAAGGAGAUAUCCUGAUACGCUCGAUCAGAGAUACGUAUCAAGAGUACGGUUGGCCGGAUGUGUCUGUUUACAGAAGAGACGAAUGUCAGGAUGCAGUCGACAAACUGAUACGAAACUCGGGGAUAUAUUUGUAG